AUGUCGCUCUUCGGUUCCGUCGGCGCUACGUCGACAUCAGCAGCUCAGACCAAUACCACCGGAGAUAUUUCCAAGGACGUCGCGCUCAAUUCUCCUCCAGAGGAUAGUAUCUCCGAUCUUCGUUUCUCCCCCGCCAGUGAACACCUUGCCGUCGCGUCCUGGGACAAGAAGGUCCGCAUCUAUGAGAUCAACGAGCAGGGACAAAGUGAAGGAAAGGCGCUCUUUGAGCAUGAAGCUCCCGUGUUGAGCUGCUGUUGGGCUCCGGAUGGGACCAAAGUCGUCGGGGCUGGUGCCGAUAAAGCUGCCCGGAUGCUCGACCUUGCUGCCGGCGCUACCACUCCAGUGCAAGUCGCGGCUCACGAUGCUCCGAUUCGAUGCUGUGAUAUGAUUCCAAACCCCGCGGGAAACUCCCCUCUUCUCAUCACCGGCUCGUGGGAUAAGACUGUCAAAUAUUGGGACCUGCGGCAGUCCACCCCUAUUGCCUCGCUCGAAUGUCAAGAGCGAGUGUACACCAUGGACGUGAAGAACAAGCUCCUCGUUAUCGGUACGGCGGACCGGUACAUCAACAUCGUUAACCUCGAUAGCCCCACCAAAUUCUACAAAACCAUGCAGUCUCCCCUCAAGUGGCAGACGCGGACAGUCAACUGUUUCAUUGAUUCCACCGGGUUUGCCGUUGGUAGUAUCGAAGGUCGCUGUGCCAUCCAGUAUGUCGAAGAUAAGGACUCGAGCUCCAACUUCAGCUUCAAAUGUCACCGUGAGACCCCGCCCAAUCAACGCGACGUCAACAACAUUUAUUCUCUCAAUGCUAUCACCUUCCAUCCUGUUCACGGUACCUUCAGCACCGCCGGUAGUGACGGCACUUUCCACUUCUGGGACAAGGACGCGAAACAUCGUUUGAAGGGCUAUCCGUCCGUUGGGGGAACAAUUUCCAGCACCGCUUUCAACCGCACUGGAAACAUCUUUGCCUACGCUGUGAGCUACGACUGGAGUAAGGGCUACUCUGCCAACACCCAACAAUUGCCCAACAAGGUGAUGCUUCAUCCUGUUGCACCAGAAGAAGUGAAACCUCGAGCGGGAGCGAGGAAGAGGUGA